AAAGCCUUGCACUUCCUUUUCAGGUCAUUUUGAAUUGAAUACCUUGAAAAUUAAAGUAAAAAUUGGAUGGGUCUACGAAUAAUUACAAUUAUACCCCAAAGAUUGAUAACAGCUAGAAAGGCUGCCUUCUUUUCUUCAUAGGACAACUAUAAACUCUCAGAUGAGAAAUGGCAGGAACUCUUGCGCCGGAAAACUUUGUGAGUAACGUCCACUACAGAGCUGGCUUCCAGGGGCUGUACGCGCAGUUCAAGAAUGGAUGGAACUGUGAUGUCAAGUUGAUUUUUGUAGACAGUCCUAAACCAGUGUACAUACAUAAGUGCUUGGCAGACAUAUACUUUCCCAAGAUUACAAAAGGUGCUGACCAACAAGAUUGUGACGAGAAUUGCCUUGACCUUGCAAAGCAUGGUAUCCCAUACGGCACAGGCAUCAGUGUGAUAGAGCAUGUAUACACAGGUGUUCUCAAGAUGACCCCUGAACAAGUACCAUAUGUUCUGAUGGCAGCUGUUGUGUUGGGCUAUGAAGAACUGGAGAAUGUCUGUCUGAAAUAUCUUCGUGAAAAAGCAACUUCUGGAAGGCUUGACACUAAACUUCCACUGAUAUCACCUGAUUGCCAGUCUGAAUCCAGUGCUGCGUACACAUCUGCUAUAUUGUCAUCCAAGGGAACAACUACUGAGACUACUGAUAUGAUGAGAGUUUUUGGUGACAGGUCUACAAAAGUAAUCUCUGCACCUGUUACAUCAAAAAACGAUAUAUUUCCAUGUGGAGUGCCAGGCUGCAGAGGCAGGGCACAGCCAGGAGAUAAGGAGUUCCGUAUCCAUGUUUAUCCCGGAUCCAUGAAGAGGAAGGAAGAAUGGCUCCAAGCGAUUGUAAAAAAAUGUGGUCGGAAAUAUUAUAGACCAGCCAGCCAGUGUCUUGGGAUCUGCAAGUACCAUUUCAGGCCCGAGGACCAAGUGAAAAGCUCGCUGAAGCUUGGAGCCAUUCCAUGCAUAUUUGAAAUAAAGCACUCCACCAUUGCUGAGAAGAAAGAGUAUUUGGCUCAAUCUCAGGAAGAGUAUGAAGUCCAGACAUUUGAAAUGGGAAAGUCAAAGCAAAACAAACUGUUUGAGUCUGAAAAGAAAACUCUUGCAUCACAGACUGGUUUUGUGCGUAAGAAGAAUAUCUAUAAGGACCUCGACUCACCGGUUGUCCAGAGUCAAAUGAGGAGAAGUCAGGAGGAAGAAAUUGCAUCUGCAGAAACCUCUCAGUCAUCUUUACAAGUUUCAGACUCGAAUUCCGACGUCGAUAUUCCAGUGAUUAUCAAGACAGAGCCACUUGAUGACGUUGAUAUUCCAGUUAUUAUCAAGAAAGAGCCGCUUGACAAUGAGUACUACACUAACACCAGUCAGCUGCUGUCCGUUGACACUGAUAUUGUGGUCAAGAGGGAAGUUGAAGACCAGGACUAUGAACCAGUGCAAACUGGGGCUGCAAACUGUUUUGGGACUUUUUUUGGUAGCUGGAACGAACACCAUGAGCCAUCAGAUGGAAAGAGCGAUUUAAAUAGCAACAUGAAUGGUUAUACUGAUGACAACCUCGAACCUGCAUUUUCAGGGGUGUCAGCAAAAGUCUUAGAUCAUGUUUCUGCAACAUCCUCUCAUGAAAAAGCAAACGUAGAAUCCAAAAGAAAACCUGCUAAGACAAAAAGGAAGGUGAAGAAGAAGAUUGUGGAUUCUGAAACAAAUACAGACUCAGACAAUCAGGAAGCGCAAAUGUUUGGCCUUGGCCUGCAGCGAACAAAUGAGGAGACGAACGAUAAAGCAACUGGUCCAAGCAGUCCUAAAAAAAGAAUGACCUUGAGAGAGAAAUGUAAGAUUGACUACAGCAAGAUGAUGGAUAUAGACUUUGAUGAAGAGAUCGAGGGAGACGAAGACUCUUGGGAGAAAAACAAAUUGCUACGUAGCACGUUUGACUAUUUCUCCAGUACGGUCGAUGAGCAUCAGGCAACUUAUGAUAAGAAGAUGUACUUUCCGCCAGCAGGAAUCGUGCCAAAGGGAUGUCGCUCCAGCUAUGCAACUGGCGUCAUAGCCAAGCCACGUGUAGUCACAAGGACCCUGACUGAUAAGUUUGGUAUGGGGUUGGUUAAAGUAGAACGUAAGAUCUACCCAGCGAGGCAUACCUUAUUUCACCCAGAGAUGCCAAGUAACUCAAAGGUUUUCAUUUGCGAUCCAGUGACAAAGAUGGCUGUACCUCAGAAACUGUGGACCACAAACAAGAAUAAUGGUCUAAAUUCACCACAGACCAAGACUGUUGUGGUUUGUCAUCCAACUAAACCUGUGGUAAAUGAGUAUGGUAGUGUCUCACAAAAAAAGAAAGCUCAGUAUGGUAUAAACUGAAUGAUUUGUCCAAACUUGCAUACUGUAAAUAUUUUUUCUACAUUUGUAUAUGCUUUGUAGAUCCUUGUUUUACAAUAGUUGUAUUUUUAAAAAGGUAUAUUUUACAACAAAAAUAAUUAUUUGUGUAAAUGAAUGGACUAUUUUAGGGUAUAGAAUAUUUAAAAAAGUUAGUAUGUGUACAUGUAUGAUGUUAAAGAGUUUUUGACUCCAUAUUAAGUGUUGUGCCGAUUACUUAAUAACAAUUUUAUGUUCAUUAUUUGCAUCAGCUUUGUCAAGCAUCAUUUAAUGACAAACACAGUUUAAAUUAAGGUUAUUGCCAUCACAAAGAAUCUAAACGUUCUUUAGUUCUAAUGUUAUUCAGAUGCACCAUUUUAAUGCCAUAAUUUGUAUGUUAUAUGUUUUUUGUACAACUGUAGUAUUUACUACUUAAUAAGUGUAAUAAGAUUUGAUGAGUCAUGAUUAUUAUGUCCCCAUCAAAGAUAACAGGAUUGGUUUGGCUUGUUGGCUCUAAGUCCAACAGACUUUAUGAGAACACUGCUACUAAACUUCAUCAUUAUAUGUGCGGGCAAAAUAUCUUGGCCAGUUUCAAUAACCAUAAAAAUCACUUCAUGCAUUGGUCUUAAGAUCACAUUCAUUUCCACUCUUUAAGUCGAAUGUUAUUGUCUGAUCUACUCUAAACUGAAUGAAUGUGUUUGAUUUAUCAUAACUUCACCUACUUUGAUUGUUUACCUUAUUAUGCUCCCCCAAAAUUUUUGGGAGGAACAUAUAUUUGCCGCUUCGUCUGUCUGUGCGUGUGUCUGUCCACGCACAUUUUUUGUCCGGGCUAUUUCUCAGCAAGUAAUGACCGGAAUUCAAUGAACCUUUAUGGGAAGCUUCACUACAAACAGAAGAUGGGCAUAUUAUCAGCCAGUUAUGGUCGGAUGAUUUUUCACAGAGUUAUGGCCCUUUGAAAAUUUCUAUAAACUGUACAUAUAGUGCAAUUCUUGUCCCCCCCAACUACUGACUGGAAUUCAAUGAAGCUUUAUGGGAAGCUUAACUACCUUGAGGAGAUGCGUAUGUUAUUUGUGGGUUCUGGUUAGAUGAUUUAGAGAGGUUCUGCCCUUUGAAAUUUUUAAGUUGUUAAACCAUCCAUCAUAUUAUUUUGUCCAAAGUUAUGCCCCUCAAGACGUUUCCUUUUAUCUGAAUAUAUAGUGCAAUAUUGUGACAAAAAAACUUUGGGGAGCAUCACCCGUCUCCGACGGUUUCUUGUUAUUAAAUUAGUUAUUAAAAAUUUUCUUUUAAUGAUUUCACCAGUUUUCUCCUCAUUUGUUAUUGCAGUGAUCAUCCCUUUGUUCUGGAGUUGAAAUUGAAAUUGCUGACUCUUUGAAUCUUCUUUUAUCAAUUAAUGAUCUGACCAAUUUAACAUGUGCAAGUUUAGUCUCAUUUGCACUUAGAAGCAUUGAGAGGCAUGCUUUGUCUAAUCACAUUCAAUUUAGUUUGUGUUAGCCAUUACCAAUAGUGAACAGUGAGAAUAACAUUAAUAACAGCAAUAAAUCAAUGUGUUGCUAUGUUUUGUUUUUAAAGAUAUGUAUAAUGUUAGUGUUGAAUACAGAUUAAGUUUUAAAAAGACUAUUAUUAGAUUAAAAUGCACAAACUUUAAAUGCAUGUCUAAUUGGGUUAUUAAUUCUGAAAAUAUUAACAUAAUUAUUGUUAUAUUAUUGUGUAUUAUGUAUUUGUAGGUCUUUUGGUGUAUAUUUGUAAUAUUGUCCAUAUGUUGUCAGGCUGGCAAACAGUUUGCUAGUUGGAUUUUUUUUUUCAAGGAGCGAAUUUUGUUUCAUUCAAUGAAAUGAUGACUUAUUAUUUUGUAUGUUUGAUCAUGUCUCGUGUUGCAAUUUGCAUGCCAAAUAAACAAUCAUUUGUCAUUGUUCCAUAGCAUUUUGUUUUUUAAUAAUGACUAAUAUUAACUAAAGUUAAUAUUCUGCUGUUAACUGUUUAGCUCACAGUGUGCUCAAUGUGAGCUUUUUGAUGACUUUAUCUUGCAUCAAUAUUUACCUUUACAUUUUUCAGGCCACAUUUCACAAUCUUUAUUAAAUGUGGUCAUAAUAGUUGUCCCAAUUAUAUCACAUCAGAGUUAGAAACUGGUUCAUAUGAGGUCAAAAGCUAGGUCAGUUGGUCAAAUUAUAGAAAAAAAGCUUGUGAAUGCUUCAGAGGGCACAUUUGUUGUCCAAUGCUCAUGGAACUUGGUCAGAACAUUUAUUGAAAAAAUAAAGUUUCAAUUAAAGAAAAAGCAUGUAAUCACUUUUGAUGCAAAUUUUAUUGCCAUAUCUUCAUGACUCUUGAGCACAUGCUUUCAAUAUUAUUAAAGCUGAAUUAGAUGUUGGAUCAUUUGGGGUCUGAAACUAGAUCACUGGGUCAAAUUAAAGAAAAAGGAUGUGAACACUAGAGGCCAAAUUUAUUGCAUAAUCUUAAUGAAACUUGGUCAGAACAUUUGUCCCAAUCAUAUCUUUUGUUGAACUUGACUGGAUCAUUUGGGACUAAAAACUAGGUUAAUUUUUUUUAAAGGGUUUGGACACUUAAGAGAGGCCAUUUUUUUUCCAAUUAUGAAACUUUUUCAGAAUAUUAAUUUGGACUAUCAUUUAAUUUCGAAAAUGCUUCUUGAAACAUAAUAAAAGCUGAUUCUAACAGUUCCUUAGUGGCGACCUCCUGCAUAUGGCCCUCUUUGUUUUAGCACAAAAAACUGAAAAUAAUGGCCAACUAUUGAAAAAAUUCACCUUUGAGCGCAACUUUUUUGAAAACUAUUUGUAACAUAUACUAUACAUGUCAAUGUUUUGUUUUUGAAAAUAAAUCAGGGAAGUACUAGUA